GUUCUACUACUUGACACGUGUCCAAACUCGAUGGAUCAGAAUCGUUUAUUGUACUCCGACAAAGACGCUGGUUAAUCAAAAACAUCGAUCUAGUAAAGUAAGGUCCAGUCGACGACCUUCGGAUCACCGGAAGAAACAUCGCCGAUCGCCGGAGAUUAAGAAGUUUCGCUGCUUGUCGGUCGGUGAGAUCCAAUCAAUAUGGGUUUUCUGGUAACAACCCUAAUUUUUCUUGUGAUCGGGAUCAUUGCCUCUCUUUGUACAAGAAUAUGCUGCAACAAAGGGCCCUCUGCAAAUCUGUUCCAUUUGACGUUGGUUAUUACAGCAACAGUAUGCUGUUGGAUGAUGUGGGCAAUCGUAUACCUCGCGCAGAUGAAACCACUCAUAGUCCCAAUUUUGAGUGAAGGAGAGUGAGCGGCUCUGGGAAAGAACAUGUACAAUCCUCUAUGUGGCCAUCAUUGUUGAUCAUGAAUUGGUUUGGAGAUUGAGGAUAAACUUAAUCCAGGUCUCGUAGAGUUUCAAAGGUCAUGUGUGCAACUUUUAUUGAUGAUAAGAAAUUUAAAUUGGUUUUGCAUUAUUAACUCUCUACCUGCUGUAUUCAGAUAAAUUAGUUCUUUAUAAAAUAUCUACUGGCACAGAUAAACUUGUUUAUCAA